UCAACCGUCAGUCUCGUACCGCGCUCGCAGCUUCUCGGACCUCGAAUCGCGGAUUUGAUAUCAGUGAUGUGCCUGUGAACUGAUCAUGAGAGAAGUGUGUGUUGUGAACAAGUGCGCGAGCGGCGAGCGCAGUCCGCCGUCAUGUGGCAAUUGCUAAUGCCUCUUUUAGCGCUCGUCGCGCCCGGCGGCGGAUCCUUUUCGCCCAACAGGGAACUCCUCGAAUGUGCUAGCCAGAUACUAUACAUGGACCAAUACGCGUAUCAGCUUCCAACCAACUACAGUAGAAACAUUCCACCUGGCAAGAACACCACUGUAUAUAUAGGAAUAAACGUGAACAGAGUUUCUGGAGUCGAUGAAAAUAGAGAGGAGAUAACACUGGAUGUAUUCCUGCAAGUUUCGUGGGAAGAGAUACGCCUGAACGUGCCGCCUGGAAGGUCGUUUAUCGAUCUGCCAUGGGAGUUUCGUCAGCUCAUAUGGACGCCGGACCUGUACAUCUGGCAACUUCAGACUAUGAGAAUACUUUCUGUUCUGCAGGAGAUGGCCUCGUUACGGCUUUAUGCCAAUCGCACCGUGUCAGUCAGUAUUGGUGCCACAAUAACAAUAAAAUGUGAGAUGGACUUCGUGCUCUACCCCUUAGAUGUACAGAACUGCGCAAUAGACUUUAGCAGUUACAAAUACACAACAGAGGACGUCCGUUUCGAGUGGAGGGAAGUCGCCCCAUGGUUCGGGAUCGCCGGGGAGCAGCGGCACGAGUUCCGACUGCCGAAAUACGUGGUCACCUUCGUCACGGACAAAAGUAAUCAUAUUCGAAAUUUUGGUGAAGGUGAACACUCAGCAGCACGGCUUCAAAUCAAGCUCUCGCGAGAGCUCAGAGGAUAUUUGCUGGAGAGCUACCUUCCUUCUUCGCUGUUCGUUAUCAUCUCCUGGGGAAGUUUCUGCGUCAUUCCCGAGAUAGUACCAGGAAGAAUGGUACUCCUGGUGACUACAUUACUGUCACUCGUCACGAUGUUCGAUACUGUGAGCACGAACUCUCCUGAUGCAUUGGAACUAAAAUGCAUUGAAGUAUGGCUGAUCUCAUGCACGUUAUUCGUGUUCCUUGCCCUGCUGGAAUACUUUGUGGUCCUGUUCGGGAUCCGGUACGACAAGAGCUGGAGUCGACGGCGGCAGGACUUACGGCGAGCUGCCUCCGCAGCGCAACUAGCACCACCUUUACAUAUGAAUCAUUCACAGAGGUUAAGUACCCCAGUGACUGGUACACCCCAAGGCGGCGUCUUCUCACCACAACUGAGUGUCGAAGACGAGGGCCUCAAACAACAGUUUUCACAUCAAACUAUUCAGAGGUCCACCUCUUCGGAAAGAAGGAGUUGGAGAGGAAAUAGAGUUGGAUGUGAGACGAGACCCGUUAGUAAGGACUCACCAAUUUUGGAAGCGAUACAACAAUCUGGGAGCGCAAACGGCGUUUGGGCGCGAAUUUGCACGUCAGCCGAAAAAGGUGUCAUGUUCUGUGGUGCACAGCAUGGCGCUUUAGACAGAUACGCGCUUAUUGUGUUUCCAUUGUGCUUUAUACUUUUCACAGUGAUUUAUUGGACCACUUACCUCAGUGAGGCACAUCGGGCGAUGCAUAGCACGCGCUACGGGUGACCCUAGAUUAAUUCAUGUAUAAAUAUAUAUGUGUGAAAAGUGCCUAAUAAGCAGUUCAAUUUAAAAUUAAACUGGUACUUAUAGGUGCAUUCAAGAACGUCCAUAUUUAUUUAAGUCAAUGUCAGAGUAUACAAAACAUGAAACCCUGUUAUUUUUAUUUAAAUCUAGGUGCACAAGAGAUUAGAACAUUUACGCCUAAAAUUAAAAUAAUGUCGUAAUGCACACUCUAGUAUCCUCUGAUGUACCACCUCUUUGGGGAACCUUCAAGAAAAAGCAUACCAUUCCCUUAAUGGUCAGCAACACAUCCGCUAGCCCUCUGGCGUUGCAGGUAUCCAUGGGCGGCAAUUAGCACUGUAUUCAAAGUGCCGGCUCGUUUGCGGUCUGGCCCAUAAAAAAGCAUGAGAUUAAGCUUACAUUGAUUGUAACAUGUUUAUUAUUGUUGUAACAUUGAAAUACGGGAUCGUAAACGCUAUUGGGAGUGACGGUGAUGUCCCUCUACGUAUAACAAUUCAAUAAGAGAUAAGUACCUCAAUAUUGCGUAGUCAGUGGUCUAUGCUCGUUAAUAUUGUGUAGCUUCUUACGUAGCACUUGUGUAGGCGCGAUGAGUGGUCACCUUUUUGACGUUUAUAAGUAAUAUUUAACAGGGUUUUAUUUCGGUAUAUUGUACAUAUUAUGUGACAUAGAUUUAUAUAGGAAAUUAAGUAUUUGAAAAAGUAUCUAAGACAAUAUCAUCUAUACAAGUGUACUUAAAAGUUGACGAAAUUAUAUUCUUAAGAUAGAUUUAAUGUUGCCAUUUAAAAAUAACAUAGCACUCUUAUAUUUAAAGUUUAAACUAGUAGACACGAUAGUUGUGUACCCGUUUUAUUUCUACAUUGACCAAGGACUUUUAGGUAAUCUUUUUCCCUAUAGUAUAAGAAAUAUUUAGCACCUAAUGUAAAUCACCUCAAAAUAAGUAAAUCAUAUUCUAGUCAAAUAUUUAAUCAGUACCGUCCACAUUAACCGUCCAACAUCAAUCGUUAAAUUGGCGUUUUCAUUGCCUUAUAUUCAUAAUCGUUUAUUAAAGACAACAAUCACCCUGUGAACAUACCAAAAUCACAACACAUUUGAGUUUGAGAGAGGUUCAGAUUAAUUACCGGUGAUCAUCAAUAUACCAGUACUCAUGAAGUUGAAGAAUACCUAAACGUUUUGAAACGUUCACAGGAUUUUUGUUAUAUUAUAUAAGUAUAGAUAUAUCGUAAAGUGUAAACGAAUGUAUUGUACAUUAAGAAAGUUCAUCAAUAUUGUUAUGUUAUAUGAAUAUUCUAUUGUUGAUAUUUUAAAAUGUAAUAGUAUAACAUAAAUUUUCAUGGAAAAUUCGGAACGUUUUUUCAGAACUAAGUCUGUUGCAUUUAUUGCUAGUGACUUAUUUCUUUCUUUUUAUUCAUAAAAAAUAAGAAACAAAAAAAAACAUUAAUACUUAUUUUUCUAUAAGGGGAAAUGACAAAACUUUAUUUAUAUAAUCUUAAGACUUAUGUUCACAAGCAGUGUUUUUGUAGAUGGCAAUAAGUAUUGUUUUAUAACUAUAGUAAUCACACAGAUAGCAGUUCCCAUCAUAUAAAUUUCCGUAAUGCACAAAUACUUUUAACUCUUAAAAUGUUUGAAGUAUGAUAUCAUUAAAACUUGUAUCAUUUUCUCCAUCCAUCCAUUUUUUGUUAUUAAUUUUAUUCAGAUAAGACUUUCAGAACAUGUUUGUUAAAAA